AUGACUUCAUCAAGUGCUGGAUCAACAUCUGGCUCUGAGUCAAUCGAAUCUGCUAAUGGUACUGCCGAUUCUGAUUGGAGAGGUGGUGGUCACUGGAGAGGUGGUGGCAAUUGGAGAGGUGGCGGAGGACAUUGGAGAGGUGGUCACUGGAGAGGUGGUGGAGGACAUUGGAGAGGUGGUCACUGGAGAGGUGGAAACUGGUGGUAA